AUGUCUUUGAAUGGGCUCGAUACUGCCCCCGUCCUUGAAGCCUACCAAAGUGCCCUGGCCGAUGCGGGCGGGUGGUUUUUACUACACUACGUUGCAAGAGAUGAGGUUGCCCUUCACGAACGAGGCACUGGUGGGGUACCCGAAAUCCGGAAUGCCAUCGACAGCUACGAGGAAUGCUCGCCGCUCUACGGCUUCCUUCAAUACCGGCGCAGAAAAGUGAUCAUCCGCUACAUGCCGGAGGGGUUAUCCCGGCUCAUACUAGCCCGCAGCAAUGUCCAAUUCCAGUCCGUCACCGACAAGUUCACUCCCAACGACACGGUACUUCCUUUAUCUAAAGCCUCUGAUCUCACCGAAAGCGCUUUGUCCUCCGCGUGUCUCCUCCAUACUGCUUCAACUUCAAUCACCUCUUCUUCGAGCUCUCUUCGGCGCCGACGGCUGAUGGAAAUCACGGAAGAUGCCGAGGAAAAUGGCACAAAGGAUGAAACUCCGACACCAAUCCCACCCCCCAGUCCGAGGCCCGACGCAGCUCGAGGAGCGUCCAUGCCUUCGCCCGUUGAACCCCCAAUCGAACCCCCCGUGGAACCGGAACUACCCCCGACAUCACCAGAGAGCGAAAAAGCCGCGGUAGAUCUCAUGCCACCCCCAUCCCGGGCAAGCUCCAGAGCCACAAUCUCUCGAGGGAGUCCUAUUGAACCACAAUCAGCGACAAUGUCUCCCAAGUCUGUAACGUCAGAUCGGUCUCGGUCAAGUUCUAGGUACCGAGCUAUCUUGGAUGAAUUCCCCCGUCCUUCAGACGAGCCCCGGUUGUCCACCCAAUCCAGCCGCCCCUCACUCCGAGAGUUGGAACGGGCCGCAGGAUACACCCCAAAGGUUAAGCUGGGACCCCGGCCGUCCGUGGAUAGCAGUGGAAGACCCCGCACAGCAGGCAGUUCUCGAAAUUUAGACCAGCGACCUGUUGCAUCCCUGCCGACAAAUAUACGCACUUCUUCCGUGCGGAAGCAAAACGGUGACGCGCCCCGCCCUCGAUCUCAGGGGAGCACUUUCACAAUCAAGCCCACCAGCCGUGUCCCGCCUGUCCCACCUCUGCUGGUCCCACCCCCAUCGAUUCCGAUCUCAAGACCUCAGCUUUCCCCCGGCGCCAAAUCUCUUGGAGCCUUGUCUGCCUCUUCGGGGUUGACACCUGAAAAAGAACGGUUGAUGAAGGCUUUGCAGCAAAGAAGGAAGAAUAUGGCCAAGCGUGCGGAGGAAACGAAGAAGAAGCAUGUGUCGGAGGAAGGAGCGAUCAAACCAGUGAAGGAUGUUGCUGAGGAUCUGGAUGACGAUAAAGAGAAUCUCAUUCAGAUUCACUACCCUGACGCUGAAAUGAUGCUAUCUGAGCCUGAGACAAUUCGACAAGACCAACAAAAGUCCCCUUCGGACAAUCCACCCGUGCCUCUUGAGCCCGCCCCUGAGCUUGUUCUUGAAUCUAUCCUUGAACCUGCCUUAGAGCCCGUUCAUGAUUCCACUCUUGAACUUGCCCCCGAACCCGUCCCCGAAACCAUUAUUGAAUCUGCCCCUGAGCCUGUCGCCGAGGCAGUCACUGAGCGCAGCCCCGCGCUUACCCCUGAGCCUGUUGUUGACGCAUUAGCUGAUCCCAUUCCCAAGAUUGCGCCUGCCGACUCAGACUCCGAGGCUGUUCUGAAACCAGUCGCCGAAACAAUUGUUGAGUCUGCCGUGGCGCUCGAGACACUCGAGCCAGAGCAGCCUUCUGGUCCUCUUGAGGCUGGAUCAGAACCGAUCACCGAUCUUUCUCCUGCCAACGCUGAGGAUGGGCCAUCCUCACCUACAGGCACAAACGCCGAUAGUCCUAUCUCAGCUGAUCGCGUUGCUACACCUUCAGCGACUGUCAAGACAGAAACAAUACCGACACCCCCUGAGGAUGAAACACCCGAGCACGAAGACUCCGCAAUCUCUGGUGUCGCCCCACCUACCUUUAAUCUUGACCCUCCACUUCAAAAUGAGCCUUCAGACGCCCCACGACCUGAUUUAGCAGACGUCCCUGAAACACAAUUUAAAAUCCCCCCAGUUGCAUAUGUGCCAACUGACGAACCUUCUGAAGUGCCUAUUUCAGCAGAGGUCCUCCAGCCGGUUCCCCUCCCUUCCACCCCCUCUAUUACCCCUCCAGAAAGUACUGGCACGGAAAUUACAGCCGCCCCCGUUUUGGUCUCAAUCGAGGUGGACAAGUCAGCCCCUGAUCACCCAAUUGCCGAGAAACCCGAGCCUCCUACCCUGGAUCAGAGGCGCAAGGUCCGCCUGGAACCUAUUCAAGUGCCUACUCUAGAAUUCUCAGACGACGACAACCUCCUUUCCGACGAUUCAUUCAUGGAGGAAUUGACUUCAGCUACUGUCCAGGAGGCCAGGCCGGUGUCUGUGAAAUCUCCCAACGUCAACGACCACACUUGGAGGAAUUCACGUGUCGUCUCGAGCCCGUUCUCUAUGGGAUCACCGCCGAGUAUGCAAGCUCUCGCAGUCGGGGGCCGGUCCAUUUCUAGCUCUCACUCUGACAAUGGCUCAUCUACGCCGGUACUCAUGGCCAAGAAGAUUAAUGUCUCCUCCGGAAUUUCCAGUCGCAUCAAGGCUCUUGAGAAGUUUUCAAGCCGGGAAGGCACCCCUUUAGGCGCGAGUCCGGCUUUGGGUGCGCCAUCGGCCUCCUCGUCUUUCGAGAACCUUCGUAAACGUGCAUCUAUAUCGAUGCCCAGUGGGAACCACGAAACCACUCCGUCAAGCACAAUACACUCUGUUCACAUCCCCGACAGCUUUUCUCGUGCGCCGAGCGUGAGCCGGCAUACCCGUCGGGUGUCAGUGGAUCCUACGCGCCCUCCCAGCUCUGUUUCCGUGACGGCCCGUAUCGUGCGCGAUGCAGAUAUCUCUCCUAAAUCUUCAACAAUUAAGCCUUCAGAGCCAGAUGUUCUCAACCUCCAGGCCAGUCCUUUGACUGUGGAGCAUGAGACAGCCGAGGAGGAACCACUCCCUCAGGUCUUGCCUACAGAGCCUGCCAGGCGUUCCCACGACCGAAGCUUGUCUAUUUCAUCUACUGCAUCUAGUCGCCAAGCGACGUCUCGCCCCAGCAGCCGCCCCGGAAGCCGCCCUUCUCUUAGCUCGCGCUCUCGGACUGACGACAGCAUCCAAUCUGCCUCUCCCACAUCCGAAGAUAAGAAGACAUCUCGCACCUCGCGACUCAUGCGCCGCAUGUCAUCGAUCACAUCCAACUCUCGGCGCAGCAUUAUCGGCGCCCUUAGCUCGCCGGUUAAGGAAGAAGGGUUUGUUCCCGCAUUCACAAAUGGGUCUAUCAAGGCUCCAGGGUCUUCUAGCUCGCAUACUUCAGAGCCCAUUGACAUUGGCGAGGUGAACGUCCAGUUCCCAGAAACUCUUCUGUGGAAGCGUCGGGUCAUGCGCAUCGAUGAACAGGGAUACGUUGUUCUCACACCUGGCACCAAUGAUGCCACCACUCGGAACAUGACUAAACGCUACCAUCUCAGCGAGUUCCGCACUCCUUGUCUUCCUGAUGAAGACAUGCAGGAACUGCCCAACAGCAUCUUGCUUGAUUUCUUAGAUGGAAAUACCCUCCAAUGUGCUUGUGAAUCCAGACAAGGACAAGCUUCUGCUCUUGAGACUCUUGUCGAGGCUCACAGUGCCCACAAGCAAUAA